GUUGGAAAACACUGGCUUUCGAAGUUCAUAUGGAGACACCUAUUAGUGAAGACUAAGAGGGUAAAGCGAAUUGACGUCAAACGGCUCGACGGAGCAACAACUAAAAAAAUCAGGGCCUUCUUCGAGCGACGAACUCUUCUGACAGUCAAGGAUAUCCUUCCUGACGAUAUUACAAAUAUAGAUGAGAAUAGGAUUAUAGAGGGCUAA